UUAGUUGAUAAUAGGUAGAUUAAUUUGUAUUUUGUUAUAUUAUUGAGAUUGUCAGUUAAUAGUUAAUACUUAAUAUUUCGUAUGGCUUUUCUAUAUAGAAUUGUUUGUUUGAAUAUUAUUUAAAUGUUAUAGUACAUAAUGCGUGAAAUAGUGAUUAUGACCGUUGAACCAACGAACGGCUUUGCUAAAAUAAUUUUUUAAUCCUUAUUCGUAAUUGGCGUCGGUUAUAGCAAUGUCCAAGUCCAAGAGAUCAGUUCAAGACCAACCGGGUCCAUCGUCAGCGAGUAGCCGUAAUAUCGAUGACCCAAUAGUCCAGAAAAUACUGGAAACCAAAGAAUUAGAAAAGAGUUUACCAAGAAUUGAAAAACUAAUAAAAGUGUCUAAGAAAUCUUGUUGUCAGACCACUGGCUGUACUUGUAAUGGAUGGCAGCAAUCUAAACGGUUAAGUCAUCCUAUUAUGAAUUCACUUUGCAAUAAACCCUCUUGCAAUCAUCCACUUUCUGAACAUACAAAACAUUUAAUAAGUAUUGAUGAUCAUCAGUUAAACAGAUUAUUGGGAUUUGUAUUUGAUCUUGACAACAUAGCAAUAACCGUAGAUAGAGAAUCAAAAAAACCAGAUAAUGAACGAAAUUUUGUUCUAGAAGAAGUUUACAAUGCAAUUUAUCAUGAGUUACGGAAACACGUUUACCCUGAUGCUGUUAUUUCCAUGGAAAAACUAUUUGGACCACCUCCUUUUGAAACCCCAAAUAUUGUUAAGGCUUUAAUGAAUUUUAAUAUGUAUAAAUUUGGACACGAAAGUAAUCAACUGAAAAUAGCUCUCAAGAUAACUAAAAUAUUAUUAAAGCACUUAGAUACUUGGAAGUGGACUGCUCCAAUGGAACUACCUUCAUGUAAAACACUUCAACAACGUAAUAGUUAUGAAUUUUACUAUCAUAGAUACAUGGCUUUCUGUUAUUUACCAAAAUAUAUUUCUUCUAUUGCACCGGGCUGCAAAAUGAGCAUGAUUUUUGGCCGCGAUGUGUUGAAAUUUGUUCUUAAAGUAUUUAGAAUGCAUUUAAUGGAUUGGUGUCACACAGAAUCUGUUAAUUGGUCUAGUCACAGAAAAUUUUUCUGCAUGAACUAUUUAUCAAAGUACAUGAAUCUUUUAGAAGACGAAGUUUAUGCCACACAUUCACCAAUAUGGGAUUUACAUUUUAAAGAUUCUGAUUUGAAAAGAAUCAUUCUCAGUGAUUCUCAAGACUCUGGACUCGAUAACGAUGUAGAAUUUGUGAAAGAAAAAUGCCCAAAUGAUGAUCUAUCUGGAAAAUCAAAUGAUAGAGUUAACAUUGAAAAUAUAAUAUCAGAUGAAAAGAUUAUGGAUUUAUUAAAAAAGGCGCAAAGUGGACCUGUUACUUACUCAAAGGAAUUUGGAUUUGAAACUGGACCCCGAGGCCACCAAGCUCGAACAGAAGAGGCACAGGGUAUUAUCCGUUUUGUAGUUAUUGGUAAUUCUCUAGACUCAAAAGUGGAAAAAAGCACUAUGAUGUGGUUAAUACAAUUACGAAACUUAUUUCGCACUCAGUUACCUCGAAUGCCAGUUAGAUACAUUACUAGAUUGGUGUUUGAUACGAAACACAAAACACUAGUGUUAUUAAAAGAUGACGUUCCAAUUGGUGGUAUUUGUUUUUGUCCAUUUAUCUCACAAGGAUUUACAGAAAUUGUCUUCUGCGCUGUAAAAGUAGACCAACAAGAAAAUGGAUAUGGAACACAACUUAUGAACCAUCUUAAAGAUUACCAUAUCGAACACAAAAUUUAUCAUUUUCUUACUUAUGCAGACAAACUUGCUAUAGAAUAUUUUAAAAAACAAGGCUUUAGUCAAGAUGUAAAACUGUCAAAAAAACUUCAUCAGGAUUAUAUAAAACAUUAUCAGGGGGCUAUCUUAAUGCACUGCGAACUAAACCCAAAAAUUAUUUACACCCAGUUAACUUCAGUCAUACGUCUACAAAAAGAAAUUGUAAAAAGUCUAGUAGAAGAAAAACGAAUCGGUGUUGAAAAACAAUAUCCUGGUCUGACAUGCUUUUUGGACGGUGUACGUAUGGUGACUAUAGAGUCGAUACCAGGAGUUAUGGAAACCGGAUGGAUGCCGACUGCACGUUCGACUAGAAAUAGCCGGGUGACUGAAGAAACCACUGAUGCAGAUUUGUUGGCUAAACACUUGAAAAAAGUGCUUCAAUACGUAAAAUCGCAAAAGUCUGCCGGACCUUUUAUGAAUCCAGUAGAUAAAGCAGUGCCAAACUACUAUGAUAUCAUCAAAUAUCCUAUGGAUUUGAGUACAAUAGCCAAACGGUUGUCAUCUGGUUAUUAUGUAACUAGAAAACUGUUUAUAGCGGACAUGAGACGGAUGUUCACCAAUUGCAAGACUUACAAUCCUGAAGGGUCAUACUGGUGUGAAUGUGCUAAUGAGCUAGAAAGAAAUUUCCAAACAAAAAUGAAAGAAAUGGGACUAUGGGAUUAUUGAUAUAAUAUAUUAUUUCAGCUGAAUUUUAUAAACAUAAUUUUUGUUUUCACAGUUUUGCAAUAUCAAGUGACAAUGUGUACUUGAUUCAUAAUUUUUAUUUUUGUUACUAUUAUUACUAAUUAUUUUUAAAUAUUAUGACAAUUUGUGUUUAUACUUAUUCUUUUCUUGUUUUGUACCAAAAACUAAUUGGAUGACUAACGAAAUUUGUAGGUAAAUUUUUCAUAUUAUAUUUUUUUUAUUGUACAAACAGUUAUUCAACUCGUCUUUUAAUUUUUUCUUCCAAAAUACUUAAGUGAUAAUUAUUACAACUACUAGAAAAAUUUAAAUCAAAAAAUGAAUUGUAUAAAAAUUAUUUUAAAACAUGAAUACAUAUAAUAUAAUAUUCAUUAUAAUUUAUAAUACACCAAAACUAAUAUUUUUCUUCUAUAUUGUAUCAUAUACUAUAGUUAAGUAAGAUUGGUAAUAUUUAUGCGAAGUCAUCUUACACCUUGGUGUUCUUUUAAAUUAGAAUAGAUCUACUAAGUAUAUCCAAUAAUUAUGCUAAAAUAUGAAUAAGAACUAUAAUAGAACAAUAAAGACUACACUUAGUAUUUUGGAUUUAACACUCCUAAUUAUAUUUAUUUGUCAAAUAAAAUAAAAAUGUUUACACUUUUU